AUGGAAGUGGAGCAUUUAAGCGGCGAAGGGGUCAAACCCGAGCGGGGCCACAAUCGUCGCUACAGGACAGCGUUUAUAAUUUGUGCAUUGCUCUGUGGGGCUCUGAUUCUUGCGCUCAUACUGGUUUCCCAAAGAAGCAAGCAUCAGGAGUUGUGUUUGACUCCAGAAUGCAUUGAAGCAGCGGGAUCUAUUCUAAGUAAAAUGGAUCAGACGGUCGAUCCCUGCGAGGAUUUCUACACCUUCUCCUGUGGCGGCUGGCUGAAGGACAAUCCCAUCCCUGAGGACUCGUCGGCGUACGGGAUCUACCCGUGGCUGAGGCAGCAUGUUGACAUGCGGCUCAAAGAGUUACUUGAAGCACCGACUGACGCAAACGAGCUGGAGGCCGUGACCAAGGCCAAGGUCCUCUACCGGUCGUGCAUGAACGAGUCGUUACUAGAAGAUAUGGACGCCACGCCCAUGCUGAGGACACUCAAGCAGCCCGAGUUUCGCUGGCCUGUGGUGGGCGACGGCCUCGGCGGUGACUUCCGGUGGUCCGAGGAGGAGUGGAGCCUGCUGAGGACUCUGGCGAAGAUGAGGAACCAGCACAGCAAGAGUGUCCUCAUCCGCCUCUACGUCUCGCCCGAUGACAAAAACUCCUCCAAAUACGUCAUCAAGCUGGAUCAGGCCUCCUUGUCUUUGCCCUCCAGGGAGGACUACACCACCAACUCCUCCGCUGCCCAGGCGUAUCGGGCUGCUUUGCUAAGUCUCAUGGUGGACACGGCCGUCAUGUUGGGAGCUCCAGAGGAAGCGGCGAGGGUCCAGAUGGAAAAAGCGUUGGACUUUGAAACCAAACUGGCUCAUUUCGUGAUUCCCUAUGAGAACCGCACCAGUGAGAACAUGUACAACAGGUACACACUGUCCAGGCUGCAGCGGCACAUACCACAGUUGGAUUGGCUAGGCUUCGUCAAGUCUGUGGUGGAGUCCGACGACGACCCGACUCGCUCCGUCUCCUCCUCAGAGCCCGUCAUUGUACGAGUGCCCCAGUACUUCAGGGACCUUGUCAUGCUCAUUAACGCCACAGACGCCAGGACUGUGGCUAACUAUGUGCAGUGGAGAACCGUUUUUUCCAGGAUCACCACCCUCAGCCGCCGCUUCCUCUACAGAUACCUGGACUUUGCCAGGGUAACCACGGGAACCACGUCUCUGACCCCGCGCUGGGACAAGUGCGUCAAUUAUGUGGAGAACACGCUCGUCUACGCCACGGGCCGCCUCUUUGUCGACACCCACUUCCAGGAGGACAAGAAACACAUGAUGGACGAGCUGAUCGAUGGCAUUCGCUGGGCGUUCAUCGACAUGCUGGGGAAAGAGAACGAGUGGAUGGAUGAGGCGACCAAGACGAGGGCCGUGGAAAAGGCUCACGCCGUCCUGGCCAAAGUCGGCUACCCUGAGUUCAUUCUGAACGACACCCACCUCAACGACGACUUAAACCAGAUAGACUUCAACGAGACGGACUACUACGGCAACGUGAUGCAGACGCUAAAGUUCAUCGCCCAGUCCGACGUGGCCUGGCUCCGUAAGAGAGUCCCGCGGACUGAGUGGUUCACAAACCCUACGACAGUCAACGCCUUCUACAGCUCAUCCACCAACCAGAUUAGAUUCCCGGCUGGUGAGCUUCAAAAACCUUUCUUUUGGGGUAAAGAGUAUCCAAGGUCGCUGAGUUACGGCGCCAUCGGGGUGAUCGUCGGACACGAGUUGACGCACGGCUUUGACAACAACGGUCGUAAAUACGACAAGGAUGGCAAUUUGGACCAAUGGUGGAGCAACUCGUCCGUGACGGCCUUCACCGACAAGACUCAGUGUAUGGUGGAGCAGUACAACGACUAUUAUUGGGAGGAGGCGAAAUUGAACGUGCGGGGCAAGAGGACGCUCGCGGAGAACAUCGCAGACAACGGAGGAAUAAGACAAGCUUUCAGGGCGUACCGACGGUGGGUGGACGAGAGCCGUGGUGGCACCGAGGAGCCUCUGCUGCCGGGAGUAGGACUCACCAACAACCAGCUGUUUUUCCUGGGCUACGCCCACGUCAGGUGUAACUCGUAUAGACCGGAGGCGGCCAGGGACCAGAUACAGAGUGGAGCGCACAGUCCACCCAAGUACAGGGUGGUGGGAGCCAUGAGCAACUUCCAGGAGUUCAGCAAGACUUUCAGCUGCCCCGAGUCGUCGGUGAUGAAUAGAGGCGCACAGUCCUGCCGGGUGUGGUGACCCUCGACCUCACCCCCCACCGGGCUGACCGAGAGGCGCAGCACGCUGGCGCCCCAAGUGGAAGUGGAGGGAGCAGCGGCGGUUUGUCCGAGGGCAUGUUUGGGUUUGUACAAGCGGAACGUUCUAGAGAUUGAACUUAUUGCUGGGAACUUUGCGCACCUUGCAUCACGUGAAGAAGCGUUGGAUGAUGGACAGUCUGAUUGGAAUAAACUGUUUUCUCAGUGACGCUGUGAUAUAAUAAUUAUUAUUAAUCUAUUUUCAAACAUUUUGUAUAUAUUGGCCAAUCAGCGUUUAUGAAGAAUAUUUCAUUUGCUAAGUACAACUCAAAAAGCCAAAAUAGAUCCCCCAUCCUUAUAAUAACACAA